AUGACCAUGGCCUCUAAGCGAUCGAAGGUCCCGCCUCUUAGUUGUGAUCAUGGAUUCCUUUAAGCGUGUUUGCCUACCUCUACAGAUUCCGUGGGCAGAUACUGUAAUCCCGAGUGGAGAGAUAUAAUGGCUGUGAAUAUUAAGACUGUCGUGUAUGUGCUGUGAUUGGUAGUGUAAGUGAAUAAAAAAUGCUGGAAAGAAUUGUUGCGUGGGUUCUAAACAACUAUUUGGGAAAGUACGUUGAAAACUUGAACACUGCUCAGCUGAGUGUAGCGCUUUUGCAAGGUGAAGUGGAAUUGGAGAAUCUCCCUUUGAAGAAGGAUGCUCUCCGUCAUAUAGGAUUGCCUAUUCAGAUAUGUGCAGGAUACAUAGGGAAAGUUAAACUCCAGAUUCCCGUCCCUCAGAUUCGCAGUGCACCAUGGGUAAUAAAUAUCGAGCAGCUCUGUGUUAUCACUGGACCAGUGAAGCUUACCGAGUGGGACGAGGAAUUAGAAGAGCAGGUUGCUCAGGAGUACAAGUUGAGUUUGCUGGAUGCAAUGGAAGCAGGUUGGCGGGCAGAGAUGGAGAGUGCCCAGACAUCAAGUUAUUACGCGACAAGCUACUCAUCGUGGCUCAGUUUUGGAACCAGUCUUGUCACCAAUAUCAUAGAAAAUCUUCAGCUGAAGAUCAAGGACGUUCACAUUCGUUAUGAAGACGCCACAACAGUUCCUGACCAGGUGUUUGCUUUAGGUAUAACUAUCAAAUCACUUACAGCACAAAGCUGUGAUGACAAGUGGAUGCCUCGGUUUGUGGGUUGGGAUAGCGGCGACACGUCCUUCAAGCUAAUGGAACUCAGUACAUUUGCUAUUUACUGGGAUAAAUUAACUGACGAUCAGCUACUGGGUGGCCUCUCGCUCGGUGAAUUAGCUGUUGCAAUGUCUCAGUGCAUGGCAUUGAGACACCAGUUUGUGCUCUCUCCAGUGAGUGCCCAAGCGCACAUUAAACGCAACAGGAGCGAACAACCUCUUCGAUCGAGAACACAGCCCAGAGUGGUUUGUGAUUUACAUCUUGAAGAAGUACCACUAUCUCUGACUGAUUGGCAGUAUGGUCAAAUGGUGGGGUGUGUGAAGGGCCUGCAAGUUAUUGAAAAAUGCUGUCGUUAUCGCAAAUGGCGACCAGAUGUCUCGGUACGUGACGAUGCACGUGCUUGGUGGCUUUACGCUGCGAGAUGUCUCACGGGUGGGUGGCAUCAUUCAUCUCCAGGAGGCUGGGAGAUUGCACUUCAGAGAGCCAGAGAUAAUGUGGCGUAUGUUGAAACGUACUCUCAUAUCUUGAGUUGUCCAACAGCAGUUGUACCACCAGAUAAGAAACAGUUAAAAGAUGCCAUGGAAACAGAAAGAGGUCUAGAAGAUCUGCGCUUACUUAGGGAGGUUGCCAUGAGGAGAAUUUGUCCUCCAGAACGUGAUAUGAUGCCUUCGUCCGCACCCCCAGUCAAACAAGGACGAGGAACGUUGCUCUACUGGUUUCCGCAGUUGUGGGGAUGGAACUAUUUGACAUCAGCAGCAUCUUCAGCACCUCAUCCUAUGGAUACGCCUCCCGGGCCGGAAAGUACUCCAAGCAAAACAGAGAUGGAACUGGAAGAUCAGAUACUUGACGUCUUAGCUGACUCUGUAGAAAACAAUACAAUUCUAAGGAGAGAUGUCGUUUUUGGACAGUUCAACUUCACGCUGAAGCAAGGAACAUUUAAUUUAUGUACUAUGAAAAAGACUGGAAAUGUGGAUGAAACAGAGAAGGUGCCCUUGAUGGUGCUUCAGUUUGAAAAUGUAAAAUUGGGCCUAGAAUCCCGACCACGUUCAGGCUCUCACAAAUUUCAGAUUAGUCUAGGAGCCAUGUUUCUUCAUGAUCAUCUGACGCAUGAUACGGCUUUCCCACAAUUGGUCGGACCUCAUGAUCAAGACUGUGGAUCAUUAUUGGGGCAUGGAGGAGUUUCUAACCGCACUUAUACUCCAAGUCUCGUCAGGUUGCGUAGUCAAAACUCUGUUUCAAACAGAGCACAACAAGAAGAACCCCUUUUCAAGCUUGUUUAUGAGUAUCGGCCUUUCAACUCUGGCAUGGAUUAUAGAUUAAAUGUUCAGUCACGUCCCCUGGACGUAGUUUACAAUCCUGUUGCAGUUGAAUGGUUAGUCGAUUUUUUUACACGACCUCAUCAGUCACCAGACACACAGCUUCGUCGCGCUGCACGACAUCGCUAUGAGAUUAUGAAGCAAAAGACAAAACAGGAGUUUAUACGGAACUGGGAGCAGAUACUGGAAGGAAAAUUGAAUGACAGAAAAAUGUGGGAUGUGGUGUUGGAUAUUUGGGGUCCUCGGAUCAUGUUCGUGGAACAUUUCUGUGAUAAGAAUGCUAUUAUGGUAGUGGUGGAUUUUGGCAAGUUUCACUUCAGCAAUCAGCGAGAUACAGAAGCUUGUGCCACAGCGACAUCUCAGGCUCGGGAGAGCGAUGACGAAGAAGAAUUUCAAACACCAUGCUCGACUCCACAUGGUAGUGAAGCUAGUAUUUCAGAAAGUCAGACGGUAACAGAUAUUCCUGUUCGACCAAAAGCAGAUGAUUUUCUGAACAGCAGUUUUACUGAUCUUACACUACAUCAUAAGUUCUACGACAGGUAUACCGUGGACCUUGGAGACCUUCAGAUUCUUGUUGGCCGUGUGCGUGAUAACUUCAAGUAUGCCCACCAGCGUGGCACGUCCACCCUGCAUGUCCUUGAUCGCUUCAACAUUUCGUUGCAAGUCGAACACAGAGUGGUAUUCACGACUGAUCCUCAGUUUCCGGUUCUCACCGUCUCUGGAAAUUUACCUCGAUUGGUCGUUCAUGUUAAUGAACAGAAAAUUGAUGCUUUGAGAACUAUGGCAGCUAUUAUUAGUGGCAAGGGACUUCCUUCACCAUUUAGAUCUCAGCACACUUCAUGUGAUGACAGUGUAGGUGAAAAUAUGGCAGGCGCAGAUUCAUGUAAUUCCGCAGAAUCACAGGAAUGGGCCGGCAGAGAAGCGGCUUGUCUCGUUAUGCUUCAGUUCAGUAUUAAUCAGAUGGCUCUUGAGGUCCAGUCUCGUGGUCGAUGUGUUGCAGAAUUGCAGGUGUCAGGGGUGAGAGCAGCUUACACGAAGCGACCAUAUGACACCAGAAUCUGUCUGAGCGUUCAUAGCCUGUUGCUCGUCGAUGCCCUGCAGAUGUUUGGACCAGACUUCGAACUCUUGGUUGCUAGUCAUAAGCAUGUUGGGAUGGAUAGUGUGAGUGGAAGCCUGAUUGACAGUGAACCUACAUCACCAGUAUCGCCUGCUUCACCAGACCCCCUUGGUUCCAAGGCUCUUAAAGCAACGUCUCCUAUCGCACUGACACAAGCAUUGUCCAGUUUGCAGAAUGACCCUGCUUCAGCAGCUAGAGCUGUAUCGCCAGCUGGUGGCGUCCCGUCAUCCCCCCCACAACUAGGGUCUCCUCCCCACAAUUCAGCUGACCUCCCACCUUCAAUCAACUUGGAUAUGCUUGACACAGAGGCACUCAUCACAGUCGAAGUAUUUAUCGUCAGUGCCAAUGCACCGUCUAAUGAGGGAAGUGGAAAGGCGCUACAGACUGCGUCUGUACAUUUCAAUAAUCUGGACAUUAUAGCGAACCAAGAAACCAUAGUGGAGUUAAUGGGAUUCACGCGUAGAGUUUUCCCGCAACUGAAACCUGGUCCUAAGAGACCACCACAUGUGGCUCCAGUUAAUAAUAUUGAUACCAGUACUGCGUCUAGUCAGGUUGAAGUGUGUUCGACUCCACAGGAAGACGUAGCAGCAAGUAGUGGACUGAGUCAUGGAGGACCAAUCAUACGUACUGAACUUACUUUCGACUUUCACCGCCUGAACGUUCUUUUAUUACGAGCUGUGAUAAAAGACUGUGGUAUCGUAGGACGAAAAAUUGGAACAGCAACAAUGACAGAAGCAAAAAUUCAGGUCACCGUUGGUCAAGAUAUUGUGGUAGAGGGCUCUCUUGGAGGGCUCCAGGUGUUGGAUCUUACUCCCGAAGGUCAGAUGCACCAAAGGAUCUUGAGUCUUGGAAAAGAUCCACUUAUAGAAAGGAAUAUUGAUCUUAUAAGCUGUCUUGAUGCGGAGCUCUAUAGCAUGUGUCAGCAGUCUCUGGUGAACACCGAAGAGAACCGGGCAUUCAGUUUUAAUGUGCGCAGACCUCUCGAAAGAGCAGAACCAGACUGCGCAGAGAUCAAGGUACGCAUGGCAUCAGUUUGGUAUACUCAUUCCCCACAGUUUGUGACCGAGCUUCAGUCUUGCGCCACCGAAUUCAAGCAGUACCUAACCAACGUGGCACGUUCCAUCAAGUCUGCCGCUACAGAAAUGGCCAUGGGAUUAGUGCAUGCCAGGACAGAAGCCCUGGCACAAACUUUGUAUAUGAAUAGUCGCCUGUCUUCUUCAUUGUAUGGUGGAUCAGGCUGGGAAAUGUCACCUCGUCGAAGAAGGCGAAGUAUCUCGCAAUCAUUUGAGCAACUAGAAGGGAUGUCUAGUAGUAGGGGUACUACCCCACACACACCAUUCAGCCCCAGCAUGGAUGAUGAAUCCCUUGAUCUCCUUCUUGAUAUCAAGUUGGAUAUUGUUUUGGAUACGCCUGUUGUUGUACUGCCACGUUCGCCUCAGAGUCAUCAAGUCUUUGUAGCUCACCUUGGAAAAAUUACAGUCAACAACCACUGCAUGUCUAGCCCGGAUUUCCAGGACCGCGAAGAUCUGUGGGGAAUGAGCAGACGAGAGCGAUACAACGUUGAGGUCCGCGAUAUGAACUUGUAUUCCCUGGAUACCGAAAAGAGAAAUGUCAAGGAUACUUCAUAUCUGCAUCCAGAUGGAGACUACCCUCUCGUUCGCGCAGACAGGCUGUACAGAUGUGCUGAAGAUGGUAAACCAAUACUUCAUGAUACUGUGAUUCAGCUUGUAAUUGAUCGUGAUAUGGGUCGCAGUGUCAUGAAACAGUCUGACAGCCUGCCAACUCUACUCAUGGGGGAGGAUGCUGGUACAGAAUUCCAAGAGAUAGAGAAGCAAGAUGUUGUUCAGAUAUCAGGUAGUGUUGUGACUCCGCUGAAAGUAUCGCUGUCUCGUCAGCAGUAUGAACAGUUGUUAGACAUGCUUGAAAGCCUCAUGGCCCGAUCAGCCCCUGAGGAGACCGUCCCGAUCGGCUCGCGUCGACUGGUCGAUAUUAAAGAGGAAGAGGCUGAGCUUCACACUGGGGUCUCGACUCUCAGUAUGGAUCCAGCACUGAGAGCAAGAAUGUUGAAUGUUGGCAGUGGAAAGCCAAAGGUCGAAAACCAACGCACGCUUACGCUGAAAGUAUCAUUUGAUCUUCCAGUAUUCACAUUUGAGCUUCGGGGUGAUUUAGGAACUGGAGAGCAAGGUUUAGUGGAUCUGUCAUUUCGAGAUUUCAGCGUUCAGUAUGAUAAAUCGCACAGAUACGAGACUCAUAUACAGAUGUCUCUUCGUUCACUUCUGAUGGAAGAUCUGUCCGUCGAAGCUGAUUCUAAGCAUCGUCGGAUUGUAGUGUCAUCUUCGGCAAAAGAAUCGGAGGUCAAGUUUUUGAAUCGCUCGCCAGAGUUUUAUUCUAAAUCAUGUCCAAACUUUUUGAAUCAUCGACCUAUAAAUAAUCGUCACGGUUCUUUGCCAGAUCAUUUGGAAACAGAGACUGUUUAUGGAGCAUUCACUAACACCGCAAGAAGUAAAUCAGUCAAACCACCAAUGAAGCGACCCAAAAAUGUGGAAUAUCCGUGCACUCCCCCACCAUCGCCUCGUAUCUCUGGCUCGCCGGCCGGUAUGUAUAGGGAAGAUAACCUGGUACACAUCAAUAUGAUGCUUGUUGAUAAAGAUGCUCCAAACUUCAUAUCUCAUUAUGAAGGGCUGGAUCGCUCUGUGAACGUAGACUUUAAUUCACUUGACAUUAUUGUGAAUGUUGAGUCCUGGGUUGUGAUUCUGGAUUUCUUUGGACUGGGCCCUGACAGUCCAACAGGAAAACACAGGACAAGCACUGCCUGGCAGUCUGUUCCGUCAGAAAAGAAUUUGACUGAUAAAGGUGCAAAAUCAUUCAACUCAGAGUUAGAUGUAGAAAUUCGUUCACUAACCCUCGUAUUGAACUGCCCACAGUACGAAGUAGCAAGAGCGAACAUAUCACAUUUUUCAACUCAGGUGAAAUCCCUUGAUAUUGAACAAAUUAUAGAAGGGCGCUUGGGUAGUAUGUCUCUUCUUGACCUCACACCCCAUGGACAUCUGUACAGGGAAAGGUUCAUCUCUUCAGGCCAUGAAGCGCUCAACUUCUACAUGCUCAGAAAUCGGCAUCAGGGUUUGGGAGUUGAAUUGGAGUAUGACUCAUUCCUGAAGCUGGAGAUGUCGUCAGUGUUAUAUGUACACACACACAGAUUUGUGACAGAGAUACAAGCUUUUUUUCAUAAUUUCUCUCAACUGCAAAGUGUUGUGAACAGUAUACACUCAGCAGCAUCUGGAAUUGUGGUACCAGAAGAAAAAACGCGAUCGACCCGUCUCUUGUUAGAGCUGCACGCAGGUUCCCCAGGUAUCCUGCUACCUGUAAGUUCACAGUCAUCAGACAUACUGGUUGUUGACUUGGGAAAGUUGUCGGUGAACAACAGCUUCUGUUUCGCUGGAUCAGACGGUACCAUCAGUGCAAUGCAACAGUGGACGGAGUUCAGGAGAGACAGCAGAGAAGCUUCACUUGAUAAGACACAACUCUCAGAUGACAUUUAUCAUGUUCCUUGUUUACUUGAUGUGAUGCAAAUUGAAUUGGUAAAUAUGGAUCUGUAUGCUGGUCAGAGAGAAGCGCAGGAUUUGGAUAAAAGACAGAAGAGUAAGAAACCACAGUGUGCCCUGGAGUUGGGGUCAUUCUGUGUAAACAAACAGGGCCCUUCCCUUCUUCAUGAGAAGUGUCAGUUAAAGCUUCAGGUGGAAAGAAAUUUGGAUACUCAUUUAAAUCAUGACGUUCCAGAUGUGAGUGUGAAGGGAACUCUUUCAGCCCUGUAUGGAGCUUUGGAUCUCUCGCAGUAUAAGCUUAUUAGGGGACUGUUGUCGUACAACAUUGGCGAAACCCUCGACGACAUUGAAUUUAAGAGCCCAGAAAGUACUACAGCUCAUUUGUACAAACAGUCGAGUGUUACAGAAGGAGUCUGGACCCUGAUGUCAGUUCAUCUUGAUCUGCUGGAUGUUGUCCUGACAUUACAGCUGAAUCAUGGAAUUGCUUCUGGCAGUUGUAAAUCAUCUCUUGCAUGUAUAAACUUCAUGAAGUCACGACUGAUGGUUGAAACGUACAGUAAUCAGUCUCGUGAUGUUGACCUUGUCUCCCAAGAAAUACUCAUCACCGAUACUCGUUUUCAGGCCAGCGCUGCUAACAGGAGGGCUAAUGUGUUUACCAACAUUCUUCAGCCAAUAAAUCAUUUGGGCGAUGCAGAACUGGUUCAGGUAGAAGUACAUCACAGGAAGAGACAAGAUUUCUCCAAAUUCACUAUCCUGUUGAAUAACAUGCGACUCAUGGCCAUCUUGGAUUGGUGGGAAGCAGUGAAAGACUUCAUUAUGAUAAAUAUUGACAAUCCUAGCGGAGCCUCAGGUAACCAGACGAGUCAUACCAUCAUUGACACCUCCGCAAAGUCAGGUGUGUCAAGUUCUGGAUCAGGACAUGGCAUAAAGAGUCAGGCACUUUUGAAUACGGCUGAGGAAAUUCCGUAUGAACUUAAGCUCAAUAUCACUGACUCCGAAAUUGUGUUUGUGGAGGACACAUCUCAGUGGGACACAAAUGCAGUCAUUCUCAAGAGUACGACAAUUGUGUCAUAUCGCCCUGCACUAGUUGACAAGCCUCUGUCUUGUAAUUUGAACCACUGUGAGAUGUUCUCGUGCAUCCUUGGCAUGGAAGAUGAGACCGCACUCUCAAUCAUUGAUCCUGUGACUGUGAACAUGGAAGUAACACGCCGUACAAGUGAUGUAAUCACCAGGGGUAUUCCAGAUGCCAUUCUCUCACCAUCUGACAAAGUUUUGGAAAUCCAAAUGCAUCAGCAGUUGAAUAUUCGACUGUCUUAUCAUGAUAUGAGAAUGUUUCUCCAGAUGCUUAAUAGCCUUCCAAAGCAGACGCAGUGGGCAAUGAACCAUAAUUCAGACCAUGCCCGGCGGCCAGCGAAUGUUCAAAGCCAAAUAAAGAAGCUGUCAGCACUUGGUUUUCACCCCGAUGAUUGUAUAUCUGCUCUUGCUCAGUGUAACGGGCAUCUGGAUGAUGCUGCCCUUUGGCUCACCCAUCAUGCGGACCUGGCAGAUACAGUUGUUCGCGGGAAAGAAUAUGUGGAUAGUAAUUAUUCCAUAUUGUCCUUUUGUACAAUAGAGGUUAAAGCAUCGCACAUAUGUGCCUGCGUGAUUGACGACUGUCGUGAUUCAGAUGUCCCCCUUCUAGAGCUUUCUAUGUCUCAGUUAAUUCUGGAACAGGAAGUAAAUGGAGGUGGCACAGUCAAAUGCAUCUUGGCCAGUGACUACUACAACCGCGUGUUGUCCGGUUGGGAGCCCUUCAUAGAACCGUGGAAAUGUGAUGUUACCUGGGAACACAGUUUGUCUACCGACUUAUGUCGGAACCGGCUUCAGGUGCACAUCUCUGCUGAGGAUAUUUUAAAUGUCAACAUAACGGAUACUUUGGUGGAUCUUUAUAAGAUGGUUAAGGACAACUGGACUCAAGAUUACUACAAUCUUACACCUCGUGAGCGGUAUGAUAGUGGUGUCAGUAGGAUAAUCGGAAGCCCUCCGGGUUACAGACGGCGUUCUCCGUUUGUUCCCUUUGCAAUACGCAAUGACACAGCUUCAAGAAUUUGGUUUACUACGCUUAUCACAUCACCAGACAGAGUUUCUGAUCCAUUACAAGUGAAAGAUUCUGCACUACAUCAGGAUGAAUUAUGGACAUCUGUGGCUGCAGGUGAUACAGUGCCAUUUUCGUUUGAAGGCAGAGUGAAGGCUCGACACCGUGACACACACAAGCUACGUAUCCAUCAGAUUGCUGUCCGAGUAGAUGGCUGGAAAUCUGUCGGUCCUGUGUCGGUGGACAAAGUGGGUGUCUACUUCAGGCAGGCCUUACCAGAACUCUACAGAGCAAAUCUCAAUCUGCCUCACGGGAGAGUAGUAUUUGAAGUUACGUUGGAGGGGUCGGCCCGGAAACUGGUGACAGUGCGGUCAUCUCUCAUUCUUAACAAUCAGCUGUCAGAGACGGUGGAAGUUAAACUAGAAAAUACGUGCAUACAUCCUGGAGUGACUGAUGUCAAGUGCAUAAAAGUUGCUCCGGGUGGAAUAUUGCCCAUUCCGCUGUCGUACGUCAUGUCACACUUGUGGGUGAGGCCUAUUGAUCGAUCACAACCUCCUGGUCAUGGCUAUGUAUUCUGCAAUAAGCCUAUCACGUGGAGUCAUGUCUCUCGACCCGGUGAAACGGUGGAAGAACUACGAAUGUGCAUUAGCAGUAGGGUUCAGUGUUUCAGGUUCUGUGCUGCGAUUCAUCGCGAAAAUUUUCCUUAUGAACGGGUUUUAUCAACAUAUAAAUGGGUGCAGCCUGCCCACACAAUCACCCUUCUGAGUCCUAUCACAAUUGUGAACCUGUUGCCAUAUGAUCUGCAUUUUGCUGUGAAAGAUGCACCAUCAAAUUCCGCAGGCCGAAUAAAACCUGGACAGUCUGCUUCACUUACACAGGUGGAUAUUAAAGAGGCUGUGGAACUCUGUUUUCAUCUUGAGAAUUUUCCCCGUGCGGGCACAAUGGUAGUUCCAGUGGCACCGAGCACAUUCAGUUCUUUGGUCAGGUUGCAUGACAUGCAAGGAAGGCGAUUGUUCCUUACUGGCAAUGUCGUGUAUCACAGAGGAGCAGGUGUGAAGAUACUGAUAACGGCUCCAUUCUGGAUAAUCAAUAAAACGGGUAUCCCUCUAGUGUUUCGGCAAGAGGGUGCACCAACAGAAACAGCGGCUGGUCAGUUUGAGGAACAUGAAGUCGCUCGUAUGGUUGCCCCACUUCUGUUCUCCUUCGCAGACUUUGAAGCCAGUACUACUGUGGUGGCUCGUGUUGGCAAUGGGGUCCAUCCAGAGGGAAUAUCACAAUGGUGUCAGCAUUUUCAUUUAUACAAAGGUGUACAAGUGCGCCGUUUGCGCGUAUCACUGCGCGACUCUCGCCCAGACAUUAUGUAUGUGAUCGGGAUAAAUGUUCGUGCGGGCAGAGGUCGAUACAGAUCAACUGAUAUUGUCACACUCUCACCUAGAUUUCAGUUGCAUAAUAAAUCUACGUACCAACUUCAAUUUGCUCAGCGCUGCUUUGCUACAACUUUGAAUGAUCCAGGAGCGCAAGCCACAUACUUGAAAGCUGUUCCCUAUUGCUGUUUACCAUUCCACUGGCCCCGUCUUGACAAGGAACAGUUAUUAUGCGUGCGAUUAUUGGAUGUGCCAAACUCUCUGUGGUCUGGAGGGUUUUUGAUUGAUACCAACGACUCUUUGAACAUUAAUGUUCGAGAUGUUCAAGGCAGAAUGCACUUCCUGAGAGUAGAAGUGGUUCUUGAGGCUGCGACGUAUUUCAUUGUGUUCACUGAUGCCGAUACAAUUCCACCUACAAUACGUCUUGACAACUACUCAGAAGUACCACUGCAGUUUCAUCAGAGCUGUGUAACAGCUGAGAGUCUGCUCUCAACAGUGCGCCCACACUCGUGCGUACCUUACGCAUGGGAUGAGCCAACUUUACCUCACUGCAUCACCCUCCUAGCUCCGGGAGGAGCAACGGCCUCUUAUGACAUGAAGUCCUUAGGCGAGGAUCGCGAGGCUCAAGGACUGACUUAUGAAAAUUUCAUCUACAUAGCUUUCACUGGAACAUUCAAAUCGGGUGGUACACAAGAAAUGGGAGUAGCAGAUACUUGCUACAACCCAUUAGAUGUGGAGACCCAGCAGUUAGUGCUAGACGUACCAGAGGGAACUAGAGUCAUUCUAAACCGGAAGGAAACAGGAGCUCGUUCGCAGUUAUGGAGAAUGACGGGAGACGGGCAACUCCAGCAUGAAGGCAGCAGCCCACCGAGAGACCCACGUUCAAAGCACAGUGUUCAUAAUGAUGACAGAAUAUUGGUACUUGAUAUUGCUGGGCCUGCCCCGCAACCAACGCAGUACGUUAGUCUCGUUUUACGACGGCGCGAUAAACGUCGCAAGUCUACGCAGACUUGGCAUUUCACAGAAGAUGGCCGUCUGUGUUGUGCGCACAACAACAUGUGUGUCCAGGCAAAGGAUGGUUUCUUUGGUUUGCACCAAGGGGCAGCCAUGUCUGGGGCCUCUUGGCAGCCGUGGAGUGAGGCAGUGUUGGGCCCACCUCAGCCUGUGUGCCACCAACUGACACACACAGGUGUUCCACUUGAGCAGGCUGUCAGCAGACAGAGGCUUCGACCCGGAUCAGGCUUUCUGGCUGUGAAGAUAAUCACAGAUGGUCCAACCUCUGUUCUCCACAUUUCUGACAUUAAAGAGAAGCAAACAUACUUGAUGAAGGACGACAGAGACUGGACGUAUGUUUCAAUGUCUCGGCUGCCAGCAAUACUUCAUUCGGGAUCUGCAAGAGGUCUACCACCUGACACUCGCGAGCUACAGGUGAAGCUGGACUUGCCUGGAGGACUUGGCGUAAGUCUGAUAUCUUCUCGGCCUGCUGAAGAACUUAUGUUUGCUCAACUUACUGGAAUCAACAUGGAGCUGGAGUCAACUGGAUCACAACAGAAGCUGAAUCUUCUAGUAAAGGAUAUCCAGUGUGAUAACCAGCUGUUUGAAGCUCAGUGCCCUGUGGUCAUGUAUGUCACACCACCAUCAGCGAGGAGUAAAGAUACUGAGGCGCAGCGAACCUUGCCAGUGAUCAGAAUUACUGCUGAGAGGGUCCCAAGCCUUAAUUCUAAUGUUGCAACAUACAAGCAUCUGAUUGUAACGGUGAAGAACCUGUCUAUCACCAUUGAAGAAAGACUUCUGCUAAAGCUGUUUUUAUUUGCCGGGUAUAGCCAUCUCGGCCCUGACCAAGAAGAUGCUGAGGAGAGUGACUUUGAAGUUCAGCGAAUUUUAACUGAAGUGACCUCAGUUCAUGCAAAAAAAUAUUAUUUUGGAUUGCUGAAGCUUGAACCAGGUCAUGUAAAACUUAGUGUCGUGACAUCCAGCAAGUUACCCUUACAGCUGCAUUCUAUCAAGAGAAAACUCGGUCUCACGCUCAUCAAGUUUGAGGAUGCCUCAGUUGAUCUCAAACCAUUUGUUAAGAAUCACUCGUUUGAAAGCAGUAAAUUCUUUCUGCAUUCGAUUCUAAAGCAUUACAAAGAUGAACUUAAAUGGCAAGCAGCUAGUAUCUUGGGGUCUGUGGACUUCCUUGGAAGUCCUUUGGGCUUUGUUAAUGAUGUGACUGAGGGAGUGUCUGGGUUACUCUUUGAAGGGAACGUCCAGGCCUUGGUCCAGAACGUAACUCACGGCCUCUCGAACUCGGCAGCUAAAGUAACAGAAUCCUUGUCAGAUGGCCUUGGUUGCGUUAUAAUGGAUGAGGAACAUGAAGAAACCAGGCAGCGGAUCCGCAAAGUCCAGACCGGGAGCAGCAGUGAUCACAUUGUGGCAGGACUCAAAGGUUUAGGCUUCGGUUUGCUAGGUGGGGCCACCAGCGUCUUUAAACAGACCUAUGAGGGCGCUUCCAGGGAGGGCUUUCAGGGUGUCAUUUCUGGUUUUGGUAAGGGGCUGGUUGGCAUGGUAACAAAGCCUGUAGUUGGUAUCCUGGACCUUGCCUCGGAAGCGGCAAGUGCUGUCAGGGAUUCCAGCCGAAGUUCUAGGCGGGUGGGACCAGGACGGCUCCGUGCGCCCCGCUGCGUGACUGGCCCGGCCGGACUACUGCCUCAGUAUACCAAGCAGCAAAGUCAAGGCCAAGAAUUUCUCUACAGUAUCAACAAGCAAAAUUAUUCUGAAUUGUUCAUGGCAUACGAGUGCCUCCGGAUGGGAGCAGACGACUUGCGUAUACUAGUCUCUACUGAGAUGGUACGAGUCUUCUCCGUUGGUGCUUCUGGAACAUGCACCAUCGUUAUCGAAACACACCUCAGUGAUUUACACCAUUGUCAGCCAACAAGUAGGCCAAAUGAUGAACCCCGAGGCUCCAAUUCAACUGAUGAAGUCCUCCAUUACAUUGAACUAACAAUGCGAGUGGAUACUCUUGGCGUAGAAUCCAUAAGGAGGCCAUUGGUUCGCUGUGACAGUGAGGCCGUCGCUAAGUGGGUUUCACAGCAAGUGAAUUAUGCAAAAAGCAUGUUUGAAGAGAGGAGGUACACUGUCAUAUCAACUGGUGACAGUAUCUUAGAAGACUGAAUACUUAGAUUCCAUGAUGCUGUGAUAGUAGAGUUUUACUGUGGAUAUAGAAAUAGCUCUAUAAAUCUAUUUGGAUCAGAAUGCUGAACUGUGAAGAGACUUGUCAUCACCCAGAAAGCAGAAUAUCAGUUACUGCUCAGUCUGCGAUGUACGGAAUAAUUGCUGAUAUCUGAUGAUAAUGGAGGAUAUGAGCAUCUCAAUAAGAUAGCUGGAGAGAGAUGAUAAUUUCCUGUGUUCGAAAAACAUUGCGUGGGUAUGACGAAUUCGAUGAAGGUACCGACUAGUCAGUUCUCACUUUACGAAGACCAGCAUUACAAAGUUUCACUCAUAGAACUUUUAUAACAUGGUGCACUCUCUCCUCUUGGAUUGUCAUUUUAAUGCAAACUUGUUCAUCUGAACACACGCGGAUUAAGACACAAACAAAGGAUGCAGUGUUGUUCAGUCGGUCAGUGAAAGCAGGGAAGUUUUUCAAGUUUGAGUCAGUUUGCCUUGCAUUCAGCUUCAGUGUGCAUCUUGUUAAAGAUUUUACUGUAUUUUUGUAGCAUAUGUAAUAAUCUAAUAUGUCCUGUAGCACGUUUAUUUCAAUUCAGACAUCGAUGAUUUUUUAGUCAUUCAGGAAUUGAUUUCUAUAAUUUUUCGGCCAUUUGGGAUUGUAACCGAUUACAAUAUCGUGCUUGUGGGGAAGUGACUCACUUUAUAAAUUGUCUGCAGGAACAUAACUAUUCACUUCAGUGGGUAUCUGUAUAAUUAUAUUUUAAAAUGAGAACAAUUUUAAUAAUCUCUAAAGUAGAGUCUUAAGAAAUAUACUAUUCAGAGAUAAUGUAUAAUUAAAGAUAAAAUUGUCCAUUAAAUGGGAAGAUUAGUGAUAAGUGGAAGUGAUAUGGAAGAAAUUCUCAGAAAACAAAGAAACGCAGAAAAAUGUUAACAAUCAGUGAGAUAUAUAAUUCCAGAUAUGGGAAAUGCCAAAGAAGAGUACAUUAACAAAUUUUCUUAUUUACGCGUUUGUCCUAUGCUGCAUGUAGGUGGUGUAAAAAUGUUACCAAGCUGAGGGGUUGGAAGUGUUUAUGAAUGAAGCAUUCGCUUCAGGAGAAAGUUGCAUCAUUAUAUUAAAUUCAAUUUAAAUGAGAUUUUAUUGGAAAUUAAAGCAGAAUAUGUCGUGUCUGUUUCA